GGCAGGGCCGAGCCGUGCGGCUGCGCUGGGCGAGUCCUUCCGGGCGGGAGCACCGCCCCGGCGGAGGCAGCAGCGGGGCGAUGUCGGAGCCACCGCGCAGCCCGCCGGGGUCCCUUCCCCUCAGCCGCCUGGCCGAGCCGGUGCUGCGGCGGCUCAGCGAGCUGCUGGACCGGGCGGCACCCGGCAAGGGCUGGCGGGACCUGGCGCAGCGAGCGGGGAGCCGCGGCAGGGUCCGCCUGAGCCCUCUUGAUUUAGAACAAUGUUCCCUCAAAGUCCUGGAGCCGGAAGGAAGUCCAAGCUGGAGUCUCCUGAAGCUGCUGGGUGAUAGGGGUUGCACAGUGGUGGAACUGGUGGAGUUCCUGCAGGCCCUGGAGCAUACAGAGGCUCUCCAGUGUCUCAGCUAUUCAGGUAUAAAGAUUGUUGUACAGCCAGACUCUCAAGCAGUGCUCUCUGGCCAGGUUGUCAAGCUGUGUUGCUGGGCAACAGGACACCCCUUUGUACAUUACCAGUGGUUCAAACAGGAAAAAGAGGUUCCCUAUGGUAAUUCUCCAGAACUGGUUUUGAAUCCAGUGAAAGUAAACGAUGCUGGCUUCUACAUCUGUCGAGUGAACAGUGAAUCUUCGUUUGCGUUCAGUCAGUGGGCACGACUAGAAGUUUGCGAUCUUCAGGGUGCAUCUCACGGAAGCUUAAUUAGUUUGCCUGAAAAGAAGAUAUGCAUUUGUAUUCAGCCUCAGCCACAAAACUUGACAGUGGGAGAUGCUUUGGUAUUAGAAUGCAGAGCUGUUGGAAACCCAAUUCCUCAAUAUCAGUGGUUCAGAAAUGGAUUUCCCUUGGCAAAUGGGAGCAAAAAUGUCUACAUGGUAACUUGUGUGGACAUGGAACAUGGGGGAACAUAUUGGUGUCACGUGUUCAAUGACCAGGAAGACCAAGACAGCAAGAAGAUAGAAGUUGUUGUAGGAAGGAAAUCUAUGGCAGUGGAAUGCACAGAAGACCUACAAGAACAAUCAAAUGGCAGACCUUUUGCAACAGACAAAGUAGCUCUCUUAAUUGGAAACAUGAACUACUGGAAUCACCCCCGACUCAAGGCUCCGAUGGUAGAUGUCUAUGAACUGACCAACUUGCUAAGACAGAUGGAUUUCAAAGUUGUUUCUUUGCUGGAUCUUACUGAGUCUGAGAUGCGAAAUGCCGUGGAUGAAUUUUUGCUUCUCCUCGACAGAGGAGUAUAUGGUUUGUUAUACUAUGCUGGCCAUGGCUACGAAAACUAUGGGAACAGUUUCAUGGUUCCUAUUGAUGCUCCAAAUCCUUACCGAUCUGCAAACUGUCUGUGUGUGCAAAACAUCCUCAAAUUAAUGCAGGAAAAAGAGACAGGGCUCAACGUAUUCCUGUUGGAUAUGUGUCGGAAAAGAAAUGAAUAUGAUGAUACUAUACUUAUCUUAGAUGCUCUGAAGGUUACAGCCAACAUUGUUUUUGGAUAUGCCACGUGCCAGGGAGCAGAAGCUUUUGAGAUUCAGCAGUCAGGGCUGGCCAAUGGAAUCUUCAUGAAGUUCUUGAAGGAGCGUCUGUUAGAAGACAAGAAGAUUACUGUACUGCUUGAUGAGGUUGCAGAAGAUAUGGGCAAAUGUCACCUUACCAAAGGCAAGCAAGCUUUGGAGAUCCGCAGCAGUUUAUCUGAGAAGAGGGCAUUAACUGAUCCCAUUCAACAAACCAUAUCUUCUGCAGAGUCUAUGGCACGGAACCUACAGUGGGCUAAAGCUCAUGAGCUUCCAGAAAGUAUGUAUCUCGAAUUCAAAUGUGGUGUUCAGAUUCAGUUGGGGUUUGCAGCCGAGUUUUCCAAUGUCAUGAUAAUCUACACACGAAUAGUAAAGAAGCCACCUGAAAUAGUAGUUUGCAGAGCCUACGUUACAGACUUCGCACUUGACCUGGAUGUGGAUCCUAAAGAGGCCAAUAAAGGAACUCCCGAGGAAACUGGAAGCUAUUUAGUAUCAAAGGACCUUCCCAAACACUGCCUCUACACCAGGCUAAGUUCACUGCAAAAACUAAGGGAACACUUGAUCUUCACGGUUUGCUUGCACUAUGAAUAUCCAGGAAUAGAAGAUACAAUGGAUGAAAAAAAGGAAGUUAAUGUUGGGAAGCCCCUUAUUGCUAAAUUAGGUCUCCAUCAUGGAUUCAAAAAUAACUGUCUCCAGACCUGUUGUGUGACUAAUAAUCCUUUUCAUAAUCAAGUAGAAUCAAGUCCAGUGGCAACUAAAUACUACUUCCCUAGUCAAUGCCAACCAAGUUCCUGCCCAGGCGUUUACCACGGAAACCGUACUUGCUCAGACAGCAUUAGACAACCGGAGGCAUGUUCUUGCAAUGGGACUUCAAGAAUAUUAGCUUCAAGACAUGAAGUACAGAAUUACCCAUCCCCUGCACAAAAAAGUAAUGUGCCAGUAGAGACUACAGAUGAUACUGUUGAACUGGAAUUCCUCCUUUCUGACAGCCUCAGGUUCUCUAAGCAGCAGUAGCUGUGAUGUCUUCAGAACAGACCAGAUACCAUCUUUGGAUAGGAGACUUUCCACACUGCCUAUCCAUCUUCCGGAUUUGGGGGACUUUGAGCCCAAGGGACUGGAGAAUCUGGAGGUGGUAUUGGAUAAUGAGGAUAUGAUGUGUGUUGGUUCAUAUUGCUCUCAGGGAAAACUUCUCAGAUCUAAGGAAACCAAACUGGACUGAUAGAUACAGGAAUGAAAAGGCAUGAUUUUUGGUUUUUGUCCUACCAUUAGAAGCUUGAUACAUGAGAGGAAAAAAACAAACAAACAAACAAACAAAACUCAAGUUUCAUAUUCCAGGAUCUGGCUGUCAGGCAACUAAUGAACAUGGGCAACCAUGCAUCUCUGGCAGGAAACUUCCUAUUUCAGAUGCAGAAUACAUAUAAUCCUGGUUAUCAUGUCAGAGUUUCUCUUGAUGGUAGAGCCUUGGAACUUCCCAGCUGCUUCUCCUCCAGUACCUUCUGGAGUUACAAGAUUUACUGUAAAUGUAUGCUUCAUAAAUACUCUGUUUUUUAAAGAGGAGCUGCUCAUCCUGUACCAAAAAUAAAAAAUAAAAAAAUGCAUAGCUGUUAGUGGGAAAAACGUUGACAGACUUUUAACCAGGAAAAUGAAUUUCCAUGUUCCCCGUGAUUUAAUGUGAUUUUAAAAAAUCCAUUAGCUGCCCCCAAAUGAUAAAUAAUAUUUUUCUCUCUUCCACCUUUCAGUUGUCUUGUAUCCAGGGAUUUCUUUCUACAUACUGCAUUAGAAUAAAGUUUUAUGUGUUAGUAUGUUGUAACAACCUGCUGUUGAGUAUAUAAGAUGACACCUGAAGUCAACGAACUCAACCAAGGGGGAGCUUUUACAGAAGUGAAGGUGUGGUGUUUUAAUAUGCAGUGUUAAGAAUGUCUCCUUGAAGACUCCAGUUUCUUUUAUUCCUCAUGUAUGUAUUAGGAUCAAUCAUUGACAUUCCUUUCCUUUGGAUCUAGUUAAUAAUCAGCAUUUAGGGCAUUUUGCAUGUACGCUUCUGCCAGUGUUUGGCAGAAAUUGACAGAUGCUGAGCUGUGCCAGGAAAGGAAAAGGUGAGGAUGGGAAGAGGAACUGAGCUAAUAAACUAGCAUCACUUUGAGAGAGAGAGUACUAACUUACAAAUAAUCAGAGGGAGCAAAGUCAGAUUCUUACUGUGGUGGAUUGUUCUCAGGAUAAUUUUUGUCUCUUAUCACACACAAAAUUUUUACUGAGCUAGUCGCUGGAAAUGCGGUCUUUUUCUGUUCUAGAAGAACACUAAAUGGAAAUGUGAGGGAGAAAAGUACCUGUUUGUCGUAAACGAAGUAUUGUAUAGGUAGUCCUGCAGCAAGAUGUGCUGAAGGCUGAAAGUGAAUGGAAAAGAUGAGUGAAAACUUUGAGGUUCUUCAGGCUGAAGUAGAGGAAUGGUGUUUCUGGAUAUCAGCCGUUGUUUUUCUUGUGGUGAUUUUAAAAGAACAAACAACCAAAGAACUACUCAAAUGUUUUCUGGGCCAGAUGAAUUCAUAUUCUUUCAAAUAAAAAGGUUAAAGACUCUGAGAAAAUUGGUAUUUUUAAAAGGUGGUUGUUGUUGUUUUUUAAAAGGUUUUGAUAUGGUUGUUUUUUUAGGUUUUUAAAAUACUUCAUACUUCGAAAGCAUGAAAAUAUGAGGGUGUGAGGUAAUUAUCGUUAAAGAAAGGUUUUAGAUACAGGCAGUAGUCUCUCCUACCUUGAUAACACUGGUAAGCAGUAUUGCUUUAAUUAGGACCCUCAUCAUGAAAUAAUACUUUAGAAAAAUUAAGUAGGUAGCAAAACAAAAAAGUUGAAAAUUGUGUUCUCAUUGAUGUGAUGGACAAACCAGCUUAAAUCCUCAGCUGAGAACGGUGCCUUCUGGUGCGAUCCUCUGGCGUGUUGGCUGGAUGCUGAGGGAGGGCUCUGCUUGCUCCUAACACGUCUCCGCUUGGAGUAUUAACAGCAUUGCUAACUAGAUCUGAUCUUCAAAUUCAUUUGUGCUGAAAAGUGGAUAUAUGUACGUGGAAAUUAAUGUAGUUAUUUCCAAAAUGACAGCCAUGCUCGAGGUAAUCUGCAAGUGAGCUUGAGUUUCUGAUGUCUCUUUUGGAGGGUAUUAAAUAGUGACCUAUUUAUUGAGGAUUGAGAUGUACCUGUGUGUUAAUUAUCCUGUGUAAUUGACUUGUAAACUGAAAGUAUAGCUUGAGAAAUGUUCCGGUACUGUAAUAUUUAGUCAAUACGUUGUCACAAUUUUCUAAUUACUAUGAAAACUUAUUUUAUUUCUUAUUCUUGAAAUAAACUGUUGUCCACAAGA